UACAUGAGCUGGUAACAAUGGCUGAUCAGUCAGUCAGGUCUCUUCACUGCCACACAGAGGGGAAAAUGGGAAUUUUAGACCAACCUUUACUUGGCGAUCCUUCCAGUAAUCCAACAAUGUGUACGCUGCCAUCUGUCUAUUUCAAAUCUUCUCAUUGAUUGAGACAGGUGAGUGUCAUUCAACCAGUGGUUACUUUGGGAGGUGGGGGGUCCUGUUCGGGGCGUACGGGGGGCACUCAGCCAAGGAUGUAGCCAGCUGACUAGCUCAAGAGAACUCGAGCCUUAACCAGCCUUAGAGUUGUCAAUCAGGCAUAUAACAACUGGAUCAAUUAACUACAAUACUGACGCUCAGUUGUAACGUUUAGGAACGUUAAUAAUCCUGCUUGCGAUACAGUUUUGGAAAACCUUUAAACGUAACUUUCACAUCAGCGAGAAAUAAUCUUUCAAAUACAAAAGAUGAACUUACUGUAGGCAGUUUAGCAAAGUUGCAUGCUGGUUGCACUCCCGGCAGAAAUUAACAACACUGGGCAAACCGAGGUAAGAAACUUACUACCCAGUUAAGCGCCCAGUGACAAGGGGAGGAAGUGUAGUCUCCGUUAGGCGGUGUUCUUGAAAAUAGCCGGGUGCAAACAGGAAGCAACUAUGCUAAACUACAUACAAUAAGUGUAUUUUUUGUAUUUGAACAAUGAUUAUCCAUUGGUGCCAUGAGAAGGGCUAGCAGCUAACCCAUGUUAGAUUCAGCGCAGAUCUCUGGCAAUGCAUUCAACGCCAUUGGUGAUCGCUAUGCGCCUAAUCCAUAUUGCUGCUAAAAACCCUGGUUUAAAAUGGUCCAACUGGCAAAUUUUUGGUAGAAUAGAAAGCUGUGAACCUACUCUUUUAACAGUGGCAAUUAAUCUGCUUUCAAAAGUGUUUUCCCAUGACUGCAUUAAUUAAGAAUGUUGUGCAAUGACUGGCCAUCCAUGUUUUUCCCUCUGUGCCACUCGCAAUUUGAAAGCGCCCAGAGGAAUAUUAUUUUCUCCCAUAUAAUGCGACAAGCUGACCAAUUGAAUAGGUAAACUCUUCUACUAUGGGGUUGUCUGCUGUUGAUUACUCAUGUUGUUGGCUGAGGAAAUAUUCAAUGUGAACAACAACAAUUUUUCAUUAUAUAAUUCAAAAUUAGCAUUACCAAAGGUGCCAGAGCCCCACCUGUCUCUGAUUUGGAUCAUAUGUGCAGGGUCUAGGACCCUGCCCAAUUCAACCACUGCAUUCAACAUUUCUGAGUCGCAUUCAUGACAUGCAGAACUUUGGGGUGGACACCCACCUGUCUCAAUCAAUGAGAGAAGAUUUUAAAUAGACAAGAUGGCGGCGUACACAUUGUUGGAUUACUUCAUGGAGCAAAAACAUUGAUUUAAUAACAGUGCAUUUUUAUGAAUUCAAAUGAAACAUCUGCAACUAGCAAUGCGUUGUCUUGCAUCUCGGGAAUUGAGGAAGUAUCGACAAGUAAAGAAUGUCAUGAAGAUUGCCUCUUUAAAUUUGGGACAUAAUACAUCAAUUGACAAUGGCAUAAAGAGCAGUGAUGCCAGUGUACAGCGGUUUGACAAGAGUCUGGAAGAGUUUUAUGCCCUGUGCGAUCAGCUGGAACUCUGCUUACGGCUUGCCUACGAGUGUUUAUCCCAGAGCAUUGACAGUGCCAAACACUCUCCUAACCUGGUCCCAACAGCCACCAAGCCUGACACCGUACAGACAGAGUCCCUGUCCUACUCACAGUACCUCAGCAUGAUCAAGUCACAGAUCUCCUGCGCCAAAGACAUUCACAACGCUUUAUUGGAGUGCUCCAAGAAAAUCGCAGGAAAGGGCCAGCCACAAGGAAUCCUGUAGAAAUGGGCAUUUCAUUAUACUAUCACAUGGUUGUUCCUUUUUCUAAAGUUAUUUGUAUUUUUUUUUUGUAAUGAUUGAUAAGGACAUACAAAGUUGAUUCACUGUUUAACGGAUGCCCCUCUUCACUUUUCUUCCACCCCAAAAUCUGAAAAGUAGCAAAAAUAAUGUCCUCAAGCAUCAAGUAAUGAGAUACACAACUUCCUCAUAUUAUGGAAAACAAACUGUGCCUCAGACCCGGCCAAUCAUGUUUUCAACAACGCUAUCCCACGUUUGACAACAAUGGGGUCUUGACGAAGUCACUAGGCGUUGAACUAAAGUUGCUAUAGUUGUAAGUGAGGACUUGGUGGACUGUACAUUCUUUAGGUUAGGUUUUACUUUGUGUUCGGUCCCGUGUACUGUUAAGGGCACAGAUGACAGACCGGUAGGAUUCCAGUUGAGGUGGUUUAAUAAUGCUGAACAUGCACAGGCACGGAACAGCACCGCACUGUGUAUGUAGUAUGGAUGGGCUAAGGCACUUAGUGGUCUGGCAACUUGCUUCAACCAAAGUGUGUGUGUAUAUAUCAACAAGGACGCACACUGGCCUUGGCUAACACAAUGAAAGCUAACUGUUGGGAAGACAAGGAUGGCUGGAACUUUCUCUCACUUGACUUCUCUCGAGCUGAUCUCUAAGCUGGAGAUCGCCCUGCAUGCCCUGCUCCACUUCACCGGUGGGCGGAGCUACAGCUCUGAUAUAAUGAACUAACAUUACUGAUAUGAUUAACUACAAAUACAUCACAGCCUUUUGUACAAUAGUGUUUUUACAAGCCGGUCCACAUUUCUAUUUUGUUAGCCCCCCCAAAAGAGAAAAAAACAGAAAAUAAACACUUAAAGCUGCAAUCCCCUAUGGUGAAACAACCACGUCUGUUUGCUAUAUUACAACAACGAAGUUAUUGACACUGUUUUUUCCCCUCUGACAUCAUGCGCGACAGAAGACCACAACAUCAAUAUGUACAGCUUUUUUUUUUACCAUGCUGCUUCACGCUUCUGAGCUCCGCCACAAAAACAUUAACGGAGGUGGGAAGGCUGUGGCGCCGUUUCCCGCUGAUGUAGCCAAAAUGAUCCGACUCUCGUUCAUUUCUCUCGAGUCGGAAUGGUGCUAUGCCAGAAUGUGGACCGUUUUCGUCAGCAUGCUAGGCUAGCUAAUGAUAUAGCAGCCCAUUGGAUUCUAUUAAAAUAUGACUGCUAGCGUAGGGGGGAAUUCAACAACACAACGGAAGCGUUGUUGAAUCCAAUGGGUUGCUAUAUCUUUAGCUAACCUAGCACACUGACAAAGGGUAGGGUUAAUAAUAAAAAAAACUAGCAGUAUUUCAAUCUUCUCGAUUCACCGUUCAUAAUUUAGGGAUGAUUAGGAGUACAGCAAAACAGUCCAUCUCUGGAUUGAGGUACGUUUUCCCAACCAUAUAGCGCGCCGGACUCUGGUGGUCCACAUUCUGGCAGAAUUCAAGAGAAAUGAACGUGUCGGAUCAUUUUGACCACAGCUACUGCGGAGUUCAGCAUUAGUCAAGUUUGUAUGCCCUAACGUGUAAAUAUUAGUGUUUUGUCACAAGUAGAGCAAAUGACCUAAUAUGACCACCAGAAGGGUGACCGAGUCAUGAGUUGGGAAUUCUGUACCAACGCUAUCCAAGAGCAGCUACUAUUCAACCAAACUGCAAAACAUCUGUGUGGCAGAGUAGCUUUGUCUUAAUUAUAAUAAACCUUUUUCACUCA